GACGCUGUUCAUGGCGGACUGACGCAGCGCCCAGGAGGCAGGCGCGGCGUCACUUCCGCCUCGGCGCCGGAAGCGGAAGAGGCGCGUUGAGAUGCUCGGCUGCAGGUGGGCCCGGCGGGGCUGGCGGUCGUGGCGCGCUGCGCUCGGCUGCAGGGGCGCCUCUUCGGCGGAGGACGCCGGAUCCGGCCGGCAGGCAGAGAUUACUCUGGAGUUGUUGGAUCACCUUGAGCGACUGGCGCUCGUUGACUUCCGCAACUGGGAGGGCGUCCGCCGUUUGGAGAGCGCAGUUGAAUUCGCUGAACAACUUCAGGAGGUGAAGACCGAUGGAAUUGAGCCCAUGGAAUCGGUGCUGGAAGACAGGCAUCUCUACCUCAGGGAAGAUAGUAUCUCAGAAGGGAAUUGUGCAGAGGAACUACUGAAGAAGGCUGCAAAGACAGUUGAAGGAUAUUUCAUAGCUCCACCAGGUAACAUUCCUCUGCCAAAGGUAGAAGAGAGAAACACUUUUCUUCACAAGGAAGAUUCUUAAUAGAAGAUCCGACUUGAAAUGCCAUCACUGAUUGUUUUUAAACACAUGCAUUGUCAUCUAGAAUUUUUAUAUCAAGUACCUCAUAUAAUUGGGGAGGGGAGAGGGAUGAGAACUGAAAUGACUGGUGUUGCUUAGUGGAGAAAAAAAGGCAUAGAGCUGUAUGGAUUGGGAAAGAGUAUCACUGACUCUAAAUUUAACAGAAACAUGGUAUGCUAACAUGUCUAGAACUUCUUUUAAACCCCAUACAAGAAUUCUGGACUUUGGAAAUAUCAGAAAAAGUGACAUUAAUAAAUGUCUUUGGAAAAAAAAUCCCAGCACAAGAGGGACUGUGUAUUACUGCUAAGGGCAGAACAUUCUGAAAAUUGAAUUCAAACACUCAUUUUAUGAAUUCAAAUUGAAUUCAAAUUACUGUUACCUUGUUACGUGGUCAUGAAACAAAAUAUUUUCUAGGAAAACUGAAUAAAAUGUAGCACAAUU